CCAUAGACAGUGGGAAAACCAUCAUGACGAAGUAGUCGAAGAAGAACAAGGAAGACCGCAAAAAAAAAUGCCUAUAAUUAAAGUCACAAGUUGUCAUGCGUACUUAGUAUGAUAGAAGGGAAGUGCCCUUAUAACAGUGCUACAUUGUGGCUAUCUGUGUCCCGCACUCUCCGCUACACUUCUGUCCUUUUUUGUCAGCUGUUUGCGCAUUAAACUGUAACUUAACAGUUAGUAAAGUCAACUUUAGUGGCGCGACUUUGUUAAAAUGGGUUCGUCUAUCCCAGUCGUUAAUGAAUGAGAGUCUUCCAGAUGUUUAGUUCCAAUGAGUCGACAGCACAAAAUUACCAGCGGCAAGUUUAUAUUUAAUACAUGUAUUGCUAGAUGCCAGUAAGAAACACACCAUGGCAGACAGAAGGACGUUCAACGUUGUGAUUUUGGGUGUGGGGUUUUUGUUCCUUUUUACCGCCUUCACCACCUGUGGGAACGUUGAACAAACUGUAGUGAAAAGCCUGCAGAAUGAUACUUUCACUGGGAGUGGCUACCACAGUCUUGGAAUAAUUUAUGGGGUAUUUUCGUUCUCCAAUUUACUCGCGCCAACAGUCGUUGCAGUAAUUGGACCAAAAAUGACUAUGUUUUUGAGUGGCCUUCUUUACAGUGGGUACAUUGCUGUGUUCAUCAUCCCUUCAACAUGGUCCUUUUACCUGACCUCUGUACUGAUCGGCAUAGGAGCAGCCAUGCUGUGGACAGCUCAGGGACACUUUCUGGUGGAAAACUCCGAGGCUUCAACCAUCAACAGGAACACAGGGAUGUUCUGGGCUCUCCUACAGUGCAGCAUGCUGUUUGGCAAUCUUUACAUUUAUUUCGACUGGAAUGGAAAAACAGAGAUAUCAGACAGCAGCAGGAAAAACAUUUUUCUGUCCCUGUUGGUCGCCUCCAUACUCGGCACACUCAGCUUCCUGGUGUUGAGAAAGAGCCAUCAUGAAGACGAGAUGCUCUCUGAAGAGGAAGGGCAGGCACUGCUCUCAACUCCUGUGAUGUAUAAGCACAGAGCAAACACUGCGAUGCAGGAUGCCAAGUCAGAAUUCAAAACCAUCCUGCAACUUCUGAAGACUAAAACGAUACUGCUCCUGAGUCCCUGCAUGGCAUACAGCGGCCUGGAGCUAUCUUUCUACAGCGGAGUGUAUGGGACGUGUAUCGGAGCAACUACACAGUUUGGAGAAGCAGCUAAAGGCUUGAUUGGGAUCUCUGGGAUUGUGGUAGGCAUUGGAGAAAUUGUGGGUGGAGGCUUGUUUGGAUUGUUGUGUAAGAACAAUCGCUUCAGACGGACCUCAGUGGUGUUUCUGGGAAUGGUUGUCCAUUUCGUUGCUGUCUAUUUGAUCUUCCUCAACAUCCCAGACGAUGCCCCGGUUGUCUUUAGUACCACCACCCAACAUAAACCAUAUCUAACUCCAAGUGUAUCCAUUGCCCUGCUGUGCAGCUUCUUGCUUGGACUUGGGGACAGUUGUUUCAACACACAGCUCUACAGCAUAUUAGGCUGUGUUUAUGCUGGACAAAGCACGCCUGCUUUUGCCAUUUUCAAAUUCAUCCAGUCUGUUUUUGCAGCAGUGGCAUUCUUCUACAGCGGUUACCUCCUGUUGAAGUGGCAGCUCCUGCUGAUGGUCACCCUGGGCUUCUCUGGAACGCUGUGCUUCUUCGUGGUGGAGAGGAUGCAGAACUUCUCGGUAGAUUUGCAGGAAUAUUAGAAAGAAGACAUUUCUGUAUCGGCAGUGAUUGUUCUUUGGGAGGAACUACGGCCAUCAGAAAAACAAUCUUGUCUUUUUCAUUUCACGAGGGGCUAUUCUAAAAUCUUUUAAUAUAACACACUUUAGAUAAUACAUACAUACAUACAUACACACACACACACAU